AUGGCCGCAGCCGCAGCGUCCGCCGGCGGCGCCGGCCGGUUCGACUUCGACGUGAUCGUGGUGGGCGCGGGCAUCAUGGGCAGCUGCGCGGCGCACGCGGCGGCGUCCCGCGGCGCGCGCGCGCUGCUCCUGGAGCGCUUCGACCUGCUCCACCACCUCGGCUCGUCGCACGGCGCGUCCCGCACCAUCCGCGACGCCUACGCCAAGGCGCACUACCCGCCGAUGGUGCGCCUCGCCCGCCGCCUCUGGGCGGACGCCGAGGCCGAGUCCGGCUACCGCGUGCUCACCCCGGCGCCGCAGCUCACCAUGGGCCCGCGCGGCGACGCCUCGCUGCUCGCCGCCGUCGAGAACUCCGGCGCGGGCGAGGUGGACCUCGCCGUGAGGUGGGGCGGCGCGUUCCGCGGCGUCCCCGACGGGUGGGUGGCGGCCGUCAGCGAGCACGGGGGCGGCGUGCUGAACGCGACCAAGGCGGUGGCCAUGUUCCAGGCUCUCGCCGUCAAGGAGGGCGGCGUCAUCAGGGACAAUGCGGAGGUCGUCGGCAUCGUCAAGAAGGAAGGCGAGGCCGGAGUCUUCGUGAAGACGAGCGGCGGCGAGGAGUUCCACGGCGCCAAGUGCGUCGUGACGGUGGGCGCCUGGACCAGCAAGCUGGUCAGGUCCGUCGCCGGCGUGGACCUCCCCAUCCAGCCGCUCCACAUGCUCGUCCUGUACUGGAAGAUCAAGCCCGGCCGUGAGCGCGAGCUCACGGCGGAGGCCGGCUUCCCGACGUUCUCCAGCUACGGCGAGCCGCACGUGUACAGCACGCCGUCGCUGGAGCUCCCGGGCCUGAUCAAGAUCAACUACGACGGCGGCCCGCCGUGCGACCCGGACAGCCGGGACUGGGCCACCGGCGGCGGCGACGUGGCCUCCCACGUCGCCCGGUGGAUCGAGGCGUUCAUGCCGGACCACGUGGAGACCGCCGGCGGGCCGGUCGUGCGGCAGCCGUGCAUGUACUCCAUGACGCCGGACAAGGACUUCGUGAUCGACUUCCUCGGCGGGGAGUACGGCAAGGACGUGGUGGUUGGAGCCGGGUUCUCCGGCCACGGGUUCAAGAUGGGGCCGACGGUGGGGAGGAUCUUGGCCGAGAUGGCCAUGGACGGCGGGACGAAGACGGCGGCGGAGGCCGGGGUGGAGCUCCGGCACUUCAGGAUCAGCCGCUUCGAGGGCAACGCCAUCGGUCAGCAGAUGGAUCAUGGUGUGACGUUGACUGCUGCAUCCCCUCCAUUGCUACAUCCUUUUUCUGUUGCUUGCUGCGCGGUGACCGCUGCAGUUCUCCGACUUGCUUCGCCGUCUAGAAGCUGCUCGGCGAAAUGUCGGCCUCGGUGGAAGUGGAAGCAAAUCAACUUCUGAACAUGAUUUGGCACAUUUGAUCGGGCCGGAGGCAACAAAAGGGGCAUGUGAUCGAAGUUGCAACAACUGGAAGAUGGCGAGCAUGGGAAGAAAAUUUGAUGCAGUCAUGAAGCUCACAUUUUAACUUGUCUACUCGCUGUGUUGAUGACCUCUUUGUUUCUGAUCUCUAUGGGUUUUUAUGUCCCUUUAUUCUUCUCUUAUAGAUUGGUUAUGAGCUUAAGCUUGGCUACUAUAUAAGUUUGGUAGUCAGGCUAAUUCGUGUAUCCUGAAUUGGUUUACUUUUUCGGCUGCAUGCUGUAUUCUGAACCCUACAUGUUAAUUCUAUUCACA